AUGCCUCGAGAGGACUUACGACUCCUGGUGAAGCAGGAAAGGAACCUGAGAAGUUUGAUGGACAAUAUCCAGGAUUUUGCAAACGGUUACCAAGCAGAGCGAGAUUUCAUAUCCUUAAAAUUCCGCAUGCAGAAAUUGGACGAAUUGUACGAUAAAUUCAUUCGUGUGCGGGAGAACAUUGAGGUGCUAACUGACGAUGCGGAAAUGGACGUUUGCAUACAAGGCGACGAGGAACAGGCGGCCCUUGAACGUGCGAUGAGAAUCAGCGAACGUGAAGAAGUCAAUAUGCGCAUCAUCAAGGACUUCGAGAAUCGUUUCUUCGACAUUAAACACUGUUUGGGUGUGCUGGAAGCAGCCGAAAGUGGUUCCGGUGCCAGCACUCAAAGGUCAAUUCAAGCAUCCGUUUCACAACCCAGAAUCAAACUCCCUGAAUUGAAGUUGCCAACAUUCAGCGGAAGGCUUCAGGAUUGGAUCACCUUCCGGGAUACAUUCUCCAGCAUGAUCCACAACAACCAUAAUCUGUCCGACAUCGACAAGUUUACCUAUCUCCGAACGUCGUUGACAGGUGACGCAUUGGCAGAAAUAGGUUCAAUUGAGUUGACAUCGGCUAACUACAGCAUUGCCUGGCAAGCUCUCCACAAUUCCUUUGAGAACAAAAAGCUUUUAGUGAAAUCCUACCUCGACGUUUUGUUCUCUGUCUACCCCAUGGAAGAAGAAUCCUAUGAACAGCUCCACCGAGUGGUGAAGGAUUUUGAGACAACGCUGAUGAUGCUCCAGAAGGUCGGUGUGGAAACUGAUGGGAUGACCACGAUUCUUCAGCAUAUGUUGUGUCAGCGUUUGGAUUCUGCUACUUUACAUCACUGGGAAUGCCACCACAACUCGAAGGAGGUUCCAACAUAUCCGCAGUUGAUUGAAUUCCUGAAGUCAAGGUGUAUGGUGCUCCGUCACAUCGCGAGAUUUUGUGUUAAGGGAUCUUGUCAGAUCUGCGGAAGAGGCCAUCACACCCUCCUGCAUGCUGGUCCUGUUGUAUCACAGUCCAAUUUAGAGCAGUUACGAGUUCCACAGCAUGUCAAUCAGGACGCGAAUCAACAGCCACCACAGAACCAAACAGAGAUACCCUUUGAAGAAAUCCUUCCUAAUUCCACUCUCCAGAAUCAGACACAUCUGUCACACAAUCCGAACAUGAUUAACUACCCAUCCUUCAGUACCACAGACAAUCCUUCCACUAGCCACAGUGCUUUCAUAUCCGUAAAUCCUAGUAACUUUUCAAGCACUGUUUUGCUGUCCACAGCAGUUGUUAUGAUUGAGGAUGGAUAUGGAAAUUCCAUCCCAGCACGAGCUUUGUUGGAUUCAGGAUCACAGCUAUGCUUCAUGACUGAAAGAAUUUCUCAGUCUUUGAAACUUCGACGCUAUCGACAUCAUCUUCCAGUCAACGGUAUUGGACAAUCAACUACCUGUUCCACACAGUCUGUAAUCGCUUCCAUUGGAUCUCGGUAUACCAACUACCGGUCUACUUUGAAAUUUCACGUCCUCCCGAAAGUAACCUCUGGUCUCCCCGAGAAAAAGUUCAACAUCACUAGUUGGAAGAUACCUCCCGGACUCAACAUUGCAGAUCACGAUUUUCAAAAUCCCGGUAAUAUUGAUCUAAUUCUCGGGGCUGAGAUAUUCUACGAUCUGUUGUUGGAAGGACAACACAAGUUAAACGACGUUGGGCCAGUACUACAGAAUACAAAGCUGGGAUGGAUCGUUUCUGGCAAGGUUUUCAAUGAGAACCAAGUUCAAAACCUUGCAAUUCAGCAUGAUGUCAUGCUCACAAAUAAUCACAUGCUACUUAUCUGGAGCAACAAUCCCGAGCCACCAGAAAAGGCAGAUUAG